GUCUUUGUUAGUUGCGGCGCGAGCAGUUGGCAAUGGACUUAUCUUCGUGGUUCCGGCGCACCCAUUUACGGAACACUGAAAAGACCCAGAACCCAGAUCCCCCAAAGCAAAAUGAACCUGAACAAGAGCUUUUUGGAGUCACUGAGCAGCUGAUCAAUCUUGUCAAGUCCUUCACUUUAGAAACUUUCAAGAGCUUCCCUCUCCCAGAUGAUGAAGGAGCUACUUGUGGUGACAACUCUCUGACAACUUCAAGCAACAUUCAGAAAGAUCUCUCGGAAUGGCAGGAAAGGCAUGCCAUGCUUGUGCUCUCGAAAGUGAAGGAACUUUCCCACCUAAGAUAUAAGCUAUGCCCAGGCCACUUGAAGGAACAUCAAUUUUGGAGAGUAUAUUUUAUGCUUGUCAAGAAACAGGUGGCUGAAUACGAGCUACACGCCAUACAACUAGCAAAGCUUAAGGAAGUGAAAAUGGAAAAUGAAAGGUGUACUAGUGCUGAUGCAUGUGAAGUUGAAAUGGCAGAAGCAAAGCACAUUGGAGUAGCAAGCUUAGCACCUACAACUCCAUAACAUCACAUAGCAAUUCUUGUAUCUGUAUCCCGUAGCUCGUCUACGGUUCCAGUAAACAUUGGACUAGAUCGAACCUAGGUACAACCUUACUCCAACAUGAUCCGUUCUAUGGGUUUUGCC